AUGCAAUGUAAACACGGUAUUCGAUGCACCGAACAAGAAUGCUUAUUCUCGCCUAGUCAUUGGUCUUCAAGCUUCAAAUCCCCUCAGAUGGUCAUACAGUCAUUUAUCACUUGUAUGCAAUGUUGUUAUCAGAAUAACUUGCGCAGCAUUCAUCUACAACAAGCUAUACCAUAUGGAGAUGGAAAUCAAAAGAUUGAUAUUUGGGGAGACGAAAAUGAAAGUAAUGCUGGCAUCGUAUUGCUUCAUGGUGGAUACUGGAAAGAAGGAAGUCGAAAAUUGUUUACAAGUCCUGUGAAUUUGCUCACUAAUGAAGGGUUUGUGGUGGCUUGUGUUGGUUAUGAUUUUGCUACUGUAAUUCCAUUGCGUGAGAUCAUAAUUCAAGUUAGGAAAGCAUUUAUAUUAAUUCUUUUUCAAAAGUUUCUUGCUGGACGUUGGUCAUCGAAGAAAUUAUUGAUUGCAGGACAUAGUGCUGGAGCGCAUCUGGCCAUUGCUGCAUUGCUCAGCAUGGAAAAUACAAGCCUAUAUGAAAAGAUUGUACUCUUCUCGGGUAUUUACGAUCUUUAUCCUCUUGUAGGUACUUAUAUUGGAAAUGAUAUAAAUUUGAAUUGGAGAGAAGCUGAGAUUGCAAGCACUGUUAAUUUAGAUGGAUUAUCCGCCAAGCUGUUAGCGAUUGUUGCAGCUGAAGAAUCACCCAAGUUCAUAGAACAAAGUAUGCGUAUUGUACAAAACUACUUAAGAAAACGUCCUGCAUUACAAUUAUAUGAUUGCUGCAAGAUAAUUUCAAAUGUGGAUCAUUUCUCGCUGAUUACUUCUCUCUCUGACUCAGAUUCAGAGUCAAGCAAAGCAUUGCUCCAUUUUAUACAACAGAAGCAUUUAUUCUAA